AUGGUCGCAAGUGCAAAGGCUAUUCAGGCGCUGGGGAAGUUCGCGUCGUGCGACGUCGGCGACGCACUCGUCAACUUAGGACUCCGUCAUGGAGGAUACUUGUCUGGCCUCAAGAUGUACAGUCCAGGGACCAAUGGCACCGUAGCCAAGAUCUUUGGACCAGCAUACACGGUUCGAAUGGUACCAGCGGCCGACAAGACCUCGCCGACACCGCCUCGCCACUUUGCCGAUGCCAUUCCCAAGGGUAGCGUUGUGUUUGUGUCUCAGCCCAAAGGUCUUAUCAGCGCAUGCUGGGGUGGUCUUAUGAGCACUCGCGCGAAGAAGUUGGGGGCUGCUGGUGUGGUGAUUGACGGUCGCUUCCGUGAUAUCUCCGAGCAUCAGGAAUUGAACAUGGGUCUGUUUGCUCGUGGGCUCAGCAUUCUGGGUUCGAAUACCUUUACACGCUCGUCGGAGCUGAAUAUACCCGUUGAGUACGAGAAUGUGGAGGUGGAUGAAAAGGUCACUGUGACUCCUGGUGAUUACAUCCUCGGCGACCAGGAUGGUGUUGUGUCUAUCCCUGUCUCCCACAUUGAGGAGUGUGUGCGUCUUUGCCAGGAGCGGUAUGAGAUUGAUCAAAAGACCAUGGAGUGUCUCCAGGCUGGCGAGGAGAUGGGGCCUACGAUUAAGAAGCUGCGGAAGUGA